AUGCGAUUUCUAGGCUACAGUAACAAUAGUUGUGGAUAUUGUCACAAUGAUUCAGGCAGUUAUUCGUACUACGCCAGAACCCAAACACUCCAACCAGAAUUUUAUCAAGGACUUCUCGAUCGAGGAUGGAGACGUUCAGGUACCCUUCUCUAUAAACCUGAUCUUCGAAAAUCAUGUUGUCCACAGUAUACCAUCCGUCUAGAUUCCCACCAAUUUCGUGCGACAAAAGAUCAACGGCAAGUCGUAAAUCGUUUCAACAAGUAUGUCCUCGGAGAUACAUAUACAAAAGAAGCAGCAAGAUUAUAUCCCAAAUCACGCGAGCAAGCUAAGAAACGUAACACGGACUUUGAUCUCGAGGAAAGAAUUCAUGAAGGGGAAAAGCAAAAGGUCAAGACACCACCAGAACCAGCACAUGCUUUUACUGUUACGUUGGAAACAGAUGAGUUUACAGAGGAAAAAUACGCUCUUUUUAGAAAUUAUCAACGAAUUGUUCAUCAUGAACCUCCUGACAGGAUAAGUAAAGGAGGGUUCCAAAAUUUUCUCUGCUCUUCCCCUUUACCACGAAGCACCACAACCAUCGACGGCAAAACCAAACAUCUAGGUUCUUACCACCAAUGUUACCGUCUUGAUGGAAAUUUGAUCGCCGUAGGAGUCCUAGAUCUCCUCCCUAAAUGCGUCAGCGCAGUCUACUUCAUGUAUCACGAAUCGGUACAUUCUCAUGGCUUUGGAAAAUUAGGCGCAGUGCGAGAAAUUGCACUAGCAAAAGAAGAGGGAUAUCAAUAUUGGUAUGCAGGGUUCUACAUUCACAGUUGUGUGAAAAUGAGAUAUAAAGGGGAUUACAGUCCUCAAUAUAUUCUAGAUCCGGAAACGUACAAUUGGAUACUCUUUGAUGAACAUCUGAGGGGACAAUUUGACGACAGGAAAUAUGUCAGCGAGACUCAAACAGCUUCUGAACUCUCAGAAUCUCCAAGACAAAACUCGGAUUCAAACAACACACCGGACGAAGAUUCAUCGGCUCUCUACAACGCAGAUAGUAAACCCAUCUUCGAAACAUCUAUGCCGGGUCUCCUUUCUAAAUCAGACAUUCUAACAAAAUCCCCACUCGAUCAUGUUAAAAUCCGCAUCAGUCAAAGUGUGCGCGAGACGCAUGAGCUGGUGAGCUGGGAGAGUGAUAGUGUAGGGGAUGUGGAUAGUAUAAAGGGGAUUAUUGCAGAGUUGGUUAGCGCGGUGGGGGUGAGGCUAGCGGGGGAAAUGGUGGUUUAUUUUCGAUGA